AGAAAUGGAGGAAACUUCGGACGAAAUGGUAGCAGGAGAUGUGAGCCAUGUUCAGGUUUCCUUCUUCAGUGAGGAUGAGACACUGAAAGUCAUCCCUUCUGCAGUUUUUGAUGUUCCUGUGUCAGCCACAUACGAAAACCUAAAUACACUAGUAAACAAAACUAUAGCAGCAGCUCAAGAAAACUGGAGCGAAAAACGUUUCGAGCUUCUUAUCGGCGAAACUUUUGUAAGGUCGUCUUUAGCGGAGUUUAUCGAAGAGCAUAAUGUUGAUACGGAAACAGUUUUGAAAAUUGAAUGUAUACUUGGUAAAGAAACUCCGAAGUCAUUCCUUGAUAUCCCUGCUCCUGACUGGGUAUCCUCUGUGGCUAUCUCUUCUUCGCAUAUUUUCUCCACUACCUACAGUGGUGAACUGAUUAUCAACAAUAAGGAAGGCAAGCAAAUCCUCGAAAAUCAUCGAGAUAAAGGAAGUGCUUACAAAUGCGGUGUUUUAUUUCCCAGGGAAAAAAAUUCUAAUAAACUCGAAGGUGAACGGAUAGUGGUGGCUGGUGAGAAUCAGAUUCUUACGUUAUUUGAAGUUGAGAACAAUGCUCUGAAUCCAAAGGUUGUCUUUCGAGGUCAUGAGCGGAGCGUUGAAUGUGUAGAUGUCAAUCCCGAGUGUACUCGGUUAGUUUCUGGCGCGUUUGACUCAAACAUCAAGGUUUGGAAUCUAGAGAAUGAUGAGGAUACAGUGUUCGACAAAGCCAGUCACAGUGAUAAGCAUGCUAAGAAACGAAAGGAGAACUUUAUAACGAAGGUUCCAAUGGUAACAUUAGGGGGGCAUAAAGAUGUUGUUGUUGGUCUGAAAUGGUGCACAUGGAACAAUAAUCAAGUUGUAUCCGCUUCGUGGGAUCAUAGCAUUGGUCUUUGGGAUUUACAACUGGCUGGGGAGGUCUCACGAAUACGUGGCACCAAAGCAUUCACAAGUAUUGAUGUGAACAAGAAAACUGGACUCGUUAUCAGCAGCAAUACUGAUGCUGUGCCGAGACUUUAUGAUCUCAGGAGUCACGAUGGGUCGGUAGUGAAACAGUCCUUUAUUGGUCACACAGGUUGGGUGACCUGUGUGAAGUGGAAUCCGAAUGACGAAUCAUGUUUUGUCAGCUCAUCCUUUGAUAAGUCUCUAAAGAUGUGGGAUAUACGAUCGUCAAAAACUUCACUCUUUGAUCUCUACGGCCAUGAAGACAGAGUUUUAUGUUGUACGUGGAAAGAUUCCUUGAUUGCUAGUGGAUCCGCUGAUAAUACUAUAAAAGUGUUUAAAUCUUCCUAGUUGUUAUUGCCUCAUUGUUACUUAUGAUUUAGCUUGCGAACAUUGAGCUUGCGCCACAUUGUAUUGUAUUGUAUUGUUGUUGUUGAUUGUUGAUAGAUAUUAUUAGAUGUUAUUGUGCAUUUUUGUUGAAAUAAAG